AUGAAACUCUUCAGCUUCCUGGGAGCAAUGGUCUUCCUCACCUUCAUGGUCUCCAGCUAUUCUGAACAAAACCAAGUCAAUGUCCUGUGCUCGACAGAUUGGUUCAUGGUCACGGUUCACCCCUUCCUGCUGAAUAAUGAUGUCUAUGUGCAUUUUUAUGAGGUGCAUUUGGGUCUGGGUUGUCCUCCUAACCAUGUCUACCCACACUUCUAUGAGUUUAUCUACCGCGUUACAGAAUGUGGCAUCCGCAUCAAGGCCAUCUCUCCAGAUGUCGUUAUCUACAGCUCUGAGAUUCACUAUAUUUCCAAGGGCACACCUUCUAGAUAUGUGAUCCCCGUGUCAUGUGCUGCCCCUCGACGGUCCCCUUGGCUCACUAAGCCCUACUCCGUGAAUACUGCCAGCAGCAACAUGGGUGCGACCCCGAAGAAUGAGACGGGCUACCAGGUGUUCAGCUUGCCGGAGCCUAGCCAAGCAUCCAACUGCAGCUGCCCACCUUCUGUCUUCAAUCAACAGAGCAUCUAA